CGAUUAAUCAAUCGCGCGCGCUUCCACGGAACGAAAAAAAAAAUAGAAGUGUACGUGAAAACGGGACCUGAGGUGCGGAUUCACGCGCACGUUUCGUUAUCAGCUGAAAAAAAGGAAAAUGUGCUCUACUAGUUAGUCGGACCUUCACCAGUCAGCUCGGAGGGUGGUAUCUCUCGGAAAUCUUCUGUGAUACUUGGCAUAGUGAUAGUGUGUAGUGUUUUCCGGUCUCAGUUGAUAAAGAUUAUAGUUGUCUAGCAGUAGAUAACCGAACUAGCCAAAGUUUUGAAGUGUCCUGGAAGGUGUGGAUUGGGCCAUCGUGGCGUACGCGUGCACAGCGGGAUAGAAACCGGAAUUGUCCCACUAUUAAUCAACGUUGCUACUACACUCCAUAAUGGUUCAAGUUCAACCGGUGUUGCUACGAAGUCGGUAGUCGUUACCCAACCCUGGUACCCGACUGAGCUUUCCUAUUUGUUUUAGUCGGAUGAAUAAAAUAUACAUUUUCAUCGCUCAGCUGUGAAUGAAACGUGCUUGUUUCACUUUGCGAUAAGACUACAACAAUAAUGAACACGAUCGUUCAGUCGAACGAAAUUCUCAGAAGGAACGACGUAUCGCAACACUAUCGCUAGCAUCGUUCGAAAUCGAAUCGAGCCAGGAAUCCCGUGAGGAGUGAAAAUAUCUCAGCACGCGAUUGAAAAAAAGAUACUCGGGAGCAAAGUGCAAUCACUGGAGUGAUUUUGUGGCUGCGUGCGCGCGUGUGUGUCUGUAGUUAAGGAGCAACAAAAAUGCCGCCAAUAGCAAGGACUGAGAAUCGAACUCGCGAUGGCCAUGUUCUAGUGUGGGAGCAAGCCGGUAUCACCGAUGGAGAAGCUACAAACAGCCGUCGCUUCGGUACGCGGCACUAUGUCGUGUUCAUGCUGUUCCUGGGGAUGGCCAACGCCUACGUGAUGCGAACAAACAUGUCGGUGGCGAUCGUUGCCAUGGUGAACCAGACGGCGAUUACGCACGAGUCCGAGGUGUUUGACGAUGAGUGUCCUGAAACCGACUACGGCGAGGAAGGCUCGGAAACCCACCAGGAUGGGGAGUUUGUGUGGAGCACGAGCCUUCAAGGUUAUAUACUGUCGUCGUUCUUCUACGGAUACGUGGUGACACAGAUUCCUUUCGGAUUGCUCGCCAAGAAGUACGGAUCGAUGAGGUUCCUCGGAUGGGGCAUGUUGAUCAACUCGGUGUUCGCCUUCCUGGUUCCGGUAGCAGCUCAUCAAGGAGGACCAAUUUGGUUGAUCGUUGUACGGUUUAUCCAAGGUUUGGGCGAGGGACCGAUUGUGCCUUGUACGCAUGCGAUGUUGGCUAAGUGGAUUCCACCGAACGAACGAUCACGAGUUGGGUCGAUCGUGUACUCGGGUGCCCAAUUUGGAACGGUCAUCUCGAUGCCGCUGUCUGGGCUGUUGGCAGAUCAUGGCUUCGCCGGUGGUUGGCCGUCGAUCUUUUACGUGUUCGGUAUCAUCGGAACACUGUGGUCAAUUGCUUUCCUGCUGACCUGCCACGAGGAUCCCAUCACGCAUCCAACGAUACGCGAAGAUGAACGCAAGUACAUCCAACAGUCGGUAUGGGGCAAAGCUGGCGUACACAUUCCUCCAAUUCCUUGGAAAUCCAUUGUCCGCUCGAUGCCGUUCUACGCAAUUCUGCUGGCGCAUUUAGGUCAGAAUUAUGGCUAUGAAACGCUGAUGACUGAGCUGCCCACAUACAUGAAGCAGGUGCUGCGAUUCUCUAUUAAAGCGAACGGAACACUCUCGGCGCUACCUUACUUGGCGAUGUGGAUGUUUUCGAUCGUAGUAGGCUGGGUUGCCGACUGGAUGCUGACAUCGGGCCGCUUUACUCACACCGUUACACGUAAGAUUUCGAACAGUAUCGGUCAGUACGGACCAGCGAUUGCGCUCAUCAUCGCAUCCUACACCGGCUGCAAUCGGGCACUGACGGUAGCGAUUCUUACGAUCGGUAUUGGCCUGAACGGAGGUAUCUAUGCCGGUUUUAAGAUCAAUCACCUCGACAUUACUCCGCGCUAUGCCGGCAUUCUGAUGGCAUUUACCAACUGUUCCGCUAAUCUAGCUGGUCUAUUAGCACCCAUUGCAGCUGGUAACAUCAUCGAAGGAAAGCCAACGAUCGCCCAGUGGAGGAUCGUGUUUGUGAUAGCGGCGGGUGUAUACCUCUUCACCGCAACCUUCUACAAUAUUUUCGCGUCCGGUACGCGGCAACCGUGGGACAACCCGGACAACGAUGAACCUCAGAAGCCUGCUUCGAUCGAAGCAGGCCACACGACGCAGGAGAAUGGUCACACCCAUAACAAUGCGACGGUCGUUGCCAGUGGCAACGGAACGACAACAACGGCGACGUAUCGACCAAGUGCCAGCGAGCAGAGGCAAUAGUAGGCUGUGUAGGGUAGGUUUUUUUUUCUUCGAUUUAAGCAAAGACACUAGGCUAAUAGUUAGGAUUUACCCUUACCUCCCUACAUAUCCCCCUCUAUUCCACGCUUCAAUAAUUUCCACGACCCCACGCCUAACUUAUUUGUUUUAAGUUAAACAUUAUUGUUUUUUGAUAUUCUAUAGUUGAAUGUCGGUGAGAAUAUCAGUGAGUGACUUUCUAGUUAAGUUUAAGCACUACAAAUCUGUUAGUUCGUUGAGAAUGAAACGUGCCCCGUUCCCCGGGGG